GGCACGCGGUGCCCGGGCUCCCGCGGCGGCCAGCGGCGGCGCGGGACGACAAGUGGACGGAGCGCCCGGGAAGCGGCGCGGGGAAGCCGGCCGCCGCGUAGUUGUUUUGCCCGGGGUAAGUUGGGCGAUCCCCGGCUGCUUGGAGAGGGGCAGCGCUCGGCUCCUGCCGGCCUCAGCCCCCUUUGGGGGAGCGCUCCGGUUUUUCCUUUUGCCCUCCCAGCUUUGGGGCUCUGGUGGUGUUUUUUGGUGUUGUUUUUGUUUUAAUUUAUUAGUAUGAUUAUUAUGGGGUCUGUGGGGCAGCAGAUCUUCCAGUCUGGCGUUGCUCGUCUUCCUUGUCCGACGCUCAGCAGAGAACUAUAAUAUUUCUUCCCCGAGAUGCUGCAGUGAAUUUUAGUCCUGGGAAAUCAGGCGAACAAAAUAAUCCGAAUAACCCGAACCGUUUGUUACCGUGUGAGAGCUGACGCUGCCUAGGCACAGAUGAUGGCAAAAAAUUCUCUAGAAGGGUCUAAAGAAGACCUGAGCAAAAUAUCAGAAGAGGAGAUGCUGAGGUGGAGCAAGGAAGAGCUGGUGAAAAGACUGAGGAAAGUGGAGAAUGAAAAGAUGAACUUAAUGGUGGAACACGGCAACUUGAUGAAGGACGUGAACCGCCGUCUGCAGCUCCACCUGCACGAGAUCCGCGGGCUGAAGGAGGUGAACCAGAAGUUGCAGGACGACAACCAGGAGCUGAGGGAGCUCUGCUGCUUCUUGGACGAUGACCGGCAGAAAGGCAAGAAGCUGUCGAGGGAAUGGCAGCGCUUCGGGAGGCACACGGCCAGCGUGAUGUGGAAGGAGGUGGGCAUGUACCAGCAGAAGCUGAAGGACCUGGAGGCGAGGCAGGAGACCCUCCUGCGGGAGAACGUGGAGCUGAAGGAGAUGGUGCUCAUGCUGGACGAGGAGCGGAGCGGGGCCGGCUCCCGGAGCUCCAUUGACAGCCAGGCCAGCCUGACCAACCUCAACGGUGGCUCAGCCACCAGGGACGUGGGGGACGGGAGCAGCACCUCCAGCACGGGCAGCGCGGGCAGCCCCGACCACCAUCACCACCACCUGCACCACCACAAGGCCGGCGACAGCAAGGCCGGCGCCAUGCGGAGGUCUAUGGAUGACCUGUCUGCGCCCCUUCACCACCGGAGCAUCCCCAACGGCCUCAAUGAUUCGUCUUCCAACUAUAUCAGGCAACUUGAAACAAAAGUGAAACUACUGGAGGAUGACAACAAGCUUCUUUCCCAGCAGUCCAGCACGGGGGACCUGAGGACCCUGAGGAAAGGCCUGUCCCCGUACCACUCUGAGUCACAGCUCUCGUCACUGCCACAGUAUCAAGACGCUCUGCAAAACGGGCCAGCCCGCAUGACGUCUGACCUUGCGUCCUCGCCGGCAGCAGGAUACGUCCCCGUUGGUCAGAAGCCAGAGGCUGUUGUUCAUGCUAUGAAGGUCCUUGAGGUCCAUGAGAAUUUGGACAGGCAAAUGCAAGACAACUAUGAAGAAGACCUGAGUGAGAAAGAGAAGGCGAUUGUUCGUGAAAUGUGCAAUGUGGUCUGGAGGAAGCUGGGUGAUGCUGCGAGCUCCAAACCCUCCAUCAGGCAACACCUUUCGGGUAACCAGUUCAAGGGCCCCUUGUAGGAACGCUGGCCCCAGGCUGGGAGCGAUGGAUUCUGUGAAGACUGAAGAGGCAGAGCUCGGCCUUUCUGGCUGCCUGUUCUUUGGGAGUUGGGGUUGAGGGUUUUUUCAGGGUUUCCUUUUUCCUUUUUCUGGCUUUUUUUGUAACAAUAGUGUAAAUAUGGCAGCUAAAGGCCUGAUUUGCAGGCUGUGGUGCUCUGGAACUACUGUUCAAUGGGUAACCAUCCAAUAAUGCCAGCCUUGCAUCAUUUGUAUUGUAGUUCAGCCCUGCUUUGUUGUCAUGGUCUGUUUGUAGAAUUAACUAACUCAAGAGAUUUUCUAAGAGGAACGAGAGCCCUCGAGCUGCAGAGAAGCGACAGUUGGAUGGCUUCUCGGUGCUUCGUGGCUGGGUUGGUGGCUCCAGCCAGCACCUUCCAAGGCAACUGCACCAUGGAUUUGCUGCCUUCCUGCCUGCCGAGCUCUGGGGCUGCUCACACUUGCUUUUGGAGGCCCUCUGUGGCAGCCUGAGCACGGGCCUGGUGGCAGAGGCCGCGUGUGCCCUGCUGAGCCGUGGGCUGGUGCCACGCCGUACACCAUCGCGUCACACGGAGCCUUCGGCCUCCCCCUCAGCUGCUACUGGACUCUCUUCCAUUGACAAAGGACGCCAGGUUUCUGAAGCUGCAAUGUGAAUGAACUGAUGUCACUUGGCCCCACACACCAGUAUUCCCACACUUUUCCUGUGAAGCUUUUACUAGAGAGUGACGCACCUGUGGGUUUCUGCCAGCGCUCACGGCUUCACGGACCUCCCAGAGCAGCUCAGCUCUCACGGAAGGAAGAUCGGUGUUAGGUGGGGUUGGUUUUUAAUGUCCUUGCUGGGACCUUCACCUCUCCUGCUUCCUGUGUGAGGGAACCAACCAGCCACCCUGCAGAGCUCAACAAAAACUCCUCGAACACGGGCUGUCAGGUGAGACUUUCCCUGCCGUACAAGCUUUAUUUUGUUGUCACUGAGCCCAGCCAACCAGGGUUUUCCUUCUCAUGGUUGUAUAUAAAACAAUGGGACUUACACUUUGCUAUUGUGGAGUAGCUGCUUGUUCAGCUGUAAGAAUUUGAUUCCCUUUGCCAAGUUGUCACAGCAGCUCUCCCUGUGUUUUAUUAGAUGUUGGUUCCCGAUAGUCCAAGGGAAGGGCUUGGUUACUCAAAGGCUUGGUGUUAGAAAGAUCAAAGCCUCCUCUGCAAAGGCUGCAUCUAUUUCAGUCAUUACUUCCAAGAUGUAAUGACCGCAACACCAUCACUUUAUCCCCUGCAAGAACCAGUCAUGGCUACAGCCAGCUGAAUUAGCUGGACAGGUUCUUCCUCUUCAAUUAAUUAGUUGCAGCAGUUGAGCUCUUGCCCUGAGCACCGACACACCACCAAGGAGCCCACUCUGCAGUGAAAGGUCGUUGGGCCCAUGGUAUACAACCCUCAUCUAGCUGCCUGGGUAGGGAAUUCACAGCAUCAGAGCCCACAGCUGUAACGAGUGAAAAAAGAGAAGGAUCCAACCAAAACACGGAGCAGCCAGUCAGAGGAAGCACCACUUUGUUAUUCAUGGCAGAAGUAACAUUAUAACAGUCAAGAUGGGGAGGUUAUUUGGUAAAAAAACCCCAAAGCCAAACCACGAGGAGCCCCCCUCAGAACACACAGACUCUCACUCACACGCUCAGCAGUUCAUUUCAGCCAAGGCCGAGCUCACUCACUCCAGGAUGUACACCCAGCCUCUCCAGAGCCCAUCUCCACUCAAACACGGCACCUUUAGUGGGUUCCAGAUCUCCUCCUCUUUGCUUUCUCGUUUUGGCCUCUGUUUCUAGUCAUCACGACUGAUCCCUUGGCUUCCUCCUGUCCCAUUUAUACCCCAGAGGAGGCGAUGUAAAGCAGCAGCAUCAUUCUUCCCUAACAUCCAGUCUUGAGCAGAAGGUUACUUUCAUCAUCUGCUUGAAAGCUCCUUUUAAUUUUGGUGGCAUCUAACGACUGGGUUAAGUGGAGAGUUGAAGCACCCUGGGAACAGGUUAAUUGAUGUCAGUGACUUUCAGCCAGCACUCAUGCAGAGUUGUGUUGAUGAUGUGUUUGCCGGUUUGGGAGCGCAUGGGACUGGCAGGUCCUCUCAACAAGAGUGAUGCUGGUCAGAUCCAGCAGAUCCAGAGCGUCACCAGCCACGUCAUUCUCAUUCACAUAGUCCUUGCUAUCAAAUCUCUCCCAAAAUUAUUCCAGGACUUUGAGCAAAGCUCGUUGUGUUCCAGCCCUGCAAGGGAACAGUGGUGUGGUUGAAGCCCCUUAGUGCUGCAGCCGCUGAAGAGCCUGUUUAUAGGGUAGCCAGGAGUUCAGCUCAGCAAUCUUUAUACCCUGAGGGUACGUCCCACUUUUUGUCAAGGUUGUAUUUGGCAGCACAAGUCUGCAGUGCCAGAUGUGCAGGGCUGGUUUAGCAGAGGGACACAACGGCGCUGUACGCUGGGGUGUUGGUUGUGGGGGGGCUCAGGUUUGCUGCUCUUCAUGCUUUGCUCCCUUUGAGCUAGAAAAGUCUUCCUGAGGUAAAAUGACACUCAAUGACUUCACAGGAUGACUUGGGUGAUGAAUUCUCAGCUGUUUUAUAUGCACAGUGAAAUUCACUUACCUGCACACCAAGUCUGCGGUGAACACUGCCCGAGGAGCUUUGGGUGUCGUCAGGCUGUUGUCAGCCCUCGUUUGGUUGAUACACCUGGGGACAGGCCGAGUUCAUUUCCCCAGGUUCAUUUCCCCAAGGUGUGAGCCUCUGGCAAAGAGAGCACCCACUGUUUACAAACGGGCUCUGCUUGCUUCAGGGAAGGAAAAUCCCAUCCUUGGCUGUGGGGGGACUGAAGGCUGCGUCCCUUCCGUGCCCCGUUCCGAACGGCCGCAGCGUGCCAGCUUCGGUUGGCUCUCUGCACGCAGGGGAGGGAGGCUGCUGAGCACCACCCUGUCUGAGAAUGGCACACUUUUAUCCAAAUCUUAGAUAUGAAACGGAAUCAGUGUUAAAGUGACCUUCUAUCUUUUCAGAAGCCGUGGGGAAGAGUACUACUGAUCUUUUUCCAAGUGCAUGACUGUAAAGUGAUAAAAUUGUAUAUUUUUCAUAACGUGGGGAAAGUCUAUUUGUGCUGCUUUAGAAAUCAGUUGAGAGUUUGAUUUCUGUUCAACCUGUGAUCUUACAGCCCUGCUCUAUUUUCUGUAUAUGACUUACAAAGAACUGGAAAAGUUAGCACCUGCUGUUGUGUACAUAGCGACGUCUUUAGAGCUUAGCACGCGUUUUUACCUCCAUGAACCACUCUGGCUGUUCUGGGGAGGGAAAGGACUAGCACAGAGGUUUUUGAUAAUGUGUGUAAAACAGUCAUUUGAAAUAUUUUAGUAAAGAUGAAGUAAGAGAUGGAUUGUGACAGUGUAUACUUCUAGUUGAAUAAAAGGAAAUAAAAGACAAUUCUUUUUAAAUAAACUGAUGACCACGA